GAGGAAGUCGUCUCUGCUUACGCUGAAGCCCAGGGCAGUGCACUGACUCGCUCAGUAUAACAGCGCAGGCGGAGAGGACGAGGAGCUCACACGGAGAGAGCAGACGACGGCGACGGGCGGAGAUGGCGAUGCGGCGCGCUCUGAGAGAGAAGAGCUCAUUAAAACGAAGAUUAGCGAAGAGAAUGGCGUCGAUCCGUUCAGAUGAAAGAGCAGAUCACGGCGAUGGGGAUGGAAUCGGAACAACUGGAUGAAAGAUGAUGGUGUUUCGUUCCGUCUCAUAACAUGUAAAUGUUCGUGAUCUUCCAAUCGUCAAUGAAAGAUGAGGAAAAUGAUUUUCGCUGUGAUGUUUGCCUGAAGAGGAAGAAGCUUCAGCAAAGUUUCAAGGAAGGGAAGACUACUCUAACCAAUUCUGGACAGUCAAGUGGAGACUACUGCUUAAUGAGGAAGAUGGCGGCUCAUGUUUUGCUUUUGGAUUUGGAAAGAGACAUUUUUUUUGUUUGUGAUUUGCUAUGAUAUUUGAAUUCAUUCGCUGAUGUGCUCAAAUUGUAUGUAUUUUUUUCAUAUUUGAAUGCAUUGUUGUUUUGAUGAAAUGCCUGUAUUUAAAAAAAUUUAAAUGCUGAUUUGCCUUUUUAAAAGAAAAAUAAAAAAAUUGUGAUUGAACGAUCAAGUUGCCCUUAUUGGAUGGAGAAUAAGAAUGGCGCUUCAUAAAUUAUUUACUUUGCGAUUUUACAUCGAAGUUUAACACUGCUUGUCCAGGUUUAAGUUUUUAUUUUCUUAUUUAAACAAAAAAACAAACAAACAAAAUACAGGUCUGCUAUGUUAUUCAAUUAACAAACUAUAAAUUAUUAACUGAUAAUCGAGGUGAUAUUUUCAAAUAUUAAAGGGUCUUUGUCAUUUUCAACUGCCCAAAUCUGUUUAUUUUAUUUUGUUUUUUUUAUUUUAGAUUUUUUAUUCAUUUGAUGUACUCCAUAAUUAUGAAGCUUUCUCAAAUUAUUUUUGUUCAUUCCAUCUAUUUCUUGUUGAAUUGAUUGCUCAUUUGCUCAAAAGAUCCAUCCUGCAAGCUUUGGGGCACGCAACUUUCCUCUUUCAAAUUUCACGUUUGCAAAGUACAUUCUGCAUAAAGAGCAGGUGUAAAAGUGUUCAAAUUAAGUGGUCUAAAAUGGUGUCCAGAAUAGUCCAGCACUCACUGCAAAAUGGCAGUCUGUUGUCUCAUUUCCUGUCUAUGCAGGAAGUGAAGGCUUAAAUAAUUUUAUCAACAUAAAGAUAACUACUGCCCUUUGUAACCACCAUUCAGUCAGUCAGCUAUUAUACUUGCAGGGUAGAACCAACUUGAGCUUUACAUUUAUAUAUGAAACAAGUAUUUAUUGAAAAUAAAAGGGGUGGGACUUUCGUGCAUCACCUGAGCUCUGGGUAAAUGGAGAGAACGUCAAUCAAAGGCUAAGCUCUCAGAGCUGGGAAGGAGCUUUAGAUGGCGGAUGAACCUUGGGAAGGGAAGAGCGUUGAGCCACGCAGGGCUCUCGAUAGCACUUGUAUCUAAACUUUGGUGAACUUUGACUGCCUCUUGGGGCUCCGUUAUCGCGCGAAAUCGUUCGUUUUAUAACGUUUUGGACUAUAGAGACGUUUUGUGACUUUGUUUCGUCGAGAAAGCCCUGUGGUGUGUGCGUAGAGCGGCCAGUUGUUGUUUUCCCUGCCUUGCGCUGGCAGCCAUUGCGGUCCUCCAUUUUUAGUGCGCUCUGCUGGGCUCUUCUCACUCUCUCUCUCACUCUCUCACUCCAUUCAAAUAGCCAUCGGUGGAUAACUGCUAAUAUUUUUAUUUCUGAAUAUCAUUCCGAUUAUUAUUUUCGUCUGAAUCCUGGAAUAUUUUUUGACUUAUUUAUUUUUGUUUCGGCCAAAGUAACAAAUCGGAUAUUUUGUCAGAUGUGAAUGUACUGCUACAAUCCUCCUCCUGUCAGUGCAUUAGGUAUGUUUACAUCGUUUGUUUUCUAUUGUCGAUUUAAUUUGCUUUCAUCGUUGUUUUAAUGGUUCUUUGUUUGAUGACGCAGUAAGAAUUUAUGCAUGUGGCUCUGAAUCUGUUGCCUUGAAAUGCUAUCGACACAUGGAUAUUUGACAUCGAAUAGGGUCGAGCAGGUGUCUUUUCAAUUCCGAUGCUUUUUAACUUAAGAAUUACUAAAAAUAUAUAUUAUUAACUACCUGAUCCCAACUAGCAUUUUCCAUAUAUUGCAACGGCAGGACUUUUUUUUUUCUUUUUUUGACGGUUCAUCCCCACUUUAAACUUUUGACAGUUAAUACCUGGACAAAAGACCAUUAUUAACAAAUCCCAAGACGGCAUCAUGAUGAAGAAUAAGAGUAAAAAGCAGGAAGAUGAAGGCUCGACUCAAAGCAAUGCUUCCAGCAAUUCAGCUUCAGAGGAAUCGAACCGCUCUGGAUCGGAGUCUGGGAGUCAGUCGGAGAGUGAGCACGGAAGUGAUAGAGUUCGUUCCCGGCGUUCAGAGUCCAACAGCACUUCUGAUUCUGAGAGCCACUCUGAGUCAGGCAGUGAAUCCGCUGGGUCCAAAUCCCACCAGAACUCCACGCAGGACAAAGACAAACCGGCCAAGAAGAAAGAAAGCCUGGCAGAUGUGAAGAAGAUGUGGGAGGAACAUCCAGAUAUUUAUGGUGUUCGAAGAUCCAGUCGCAGCAGACAAGAGCCUGCUCGGCUCAACGUCGGAGCUGAGGGCAGCAGUGAUUCAGAGAGUGAAAGUCCCAAAAGAAAAAGCUCACGGCAGAAAAAGAAAGAAAAUACCUGGAAAGAUGAUGACUCAAAUGAUGAAGAGGAAGAGGCCAGCAGUUCAGAGAGUGAGCAGGAAGAGAAAAAAGUUAGAUCCAGACGACUUCCUGCUCGAAGACCACAGACAAAAUCCUCCGGCAGACAGCAGUCCCAGAAGGGACGGAAACAGAGGAAGCAGGAGUCCUCAGAUGAAGAAGACGAGGAGGAUGAUGAUGAUGAUGAUGAUGAGGAUACCCCAAAAAGACAAACAAGGCGGCGAGCAGCAACUAAAGUCAGUUACAAGGAGGACCAGAAUGAUUUUGAGACGGACUCUGAUGACCUUAUUGAAAUGGCAGAAGGAGCCGAGGAGCAACAGGAUGAUGACAGCGAGACCAUUGAGAGGGUCCUUGAGACCAGAAUUGGCAAAAAAGGCGCUACUGGAGCUUCCACGACCCUGUAUGCUAUUGAGGAAAAUGGAGACCCUGGAGCAGACUUUGACCCUGAGAAAGACGAAGGGGAAACUCAGUUCCUCAUCAAGUGGAAGGACUGGUCCUACAUCCACAACACCUGGGAGAGUGUGGAUUCCCUCACUCAGCAGAAAGUCAAAGGGAUGAAGAAGUUAGACAACUUUAAGAAGAAAAACGAAGAGCUUAAUAAUUGGUUGAAUAAAGCAUCACCUGAAGAUUUAGAAUAUUACAACUGCCAGCAAGAACUUACCAAUGACCUGAGCAGGCAAUUCCAGAUAGUAGAGAGAGUGAUCGCAACAAGAACUGGGAAAACACAAGCUCCUUCAGACUCACCCUCCCAUAAAAGCAGUUCGAGUGAGCCAGAGUACCUGUGUAAGUGGAUGGGGCUGCCGUAUGCCGAGUGCACUUGGGAGGAGGGCGCAUUAAUCGGAAAGAAAUUUCAGGCUUGCGUUGAUAGUUUUCAAAACAGAAAUGCCUGUAAGACCAUUCCUUCCAAAGAUUGUAAGGUAUUGAAACAGAGGCCCAGAUUUACGGCUUUGAAGAAUCAGCCUUCCUACAUUGGAGAUGAGAUCCUUCAACUCCGAGAUUACCAGUUAGAUGGAGUGAACUGGCUCGCUCACUCCUGGUGCAGGUGUAACAGUGUUAUCUUAGCUGAUGAAAUGGGCCUGGGAAAGACCAUUCAGACGAUAUCCUUCCUUUCCUACCUUUUCCAUCAGCACCAGCUUUACGGUCCCUUCAUCGUGGUGGUACCCCUGUCAACCCUCACUUCCUGGCAGCGGGAGUUUGAUAUUUGGGCCCCAGACAUGAAUGUAGUGGUGUACCUGGGAGACGUCAUAAGUAGAAAGACAAUCCGGGACUAUGAAUGGAUCCACCAGCAGACAAAAAGAAUCAAGUUUAAUGCACUUUUGACCACAUAUGAAAUUCUACUAAAGGACAAGGGAGUGCUGGGGAAUAUAAACUGGGCUUUCCUCGGAGUUGAUGAAGCUCACCGGCUUAAGAAUGACGACUCGCUGCUGUAUAAAACUCUGAUCGAGUUUCGAUCCAAUCACAGGUUGCUCAUUACUGGGACCCCACUGCAGAAUUCACUCAAAGAGCUGUGGUCCCUUCUGCACUUUCUUAUGCCUGAAAAGUUUGAUUCUUGGGAGGAUUUCGAGGAUGAGCAUGGUAAAGGCAGGGAUAAUGGUUAUCAGAGCCUACACAAAGUUCUGGAGCCUUUUCUACUGCGUCGUGUCAAGAAAGACGUGGAGAAAUCCCUGCCCGCUAAAGUGGAGCAAAUCCUCAGAGUCGACAUGUCUGCUCAGCAAAAACAGUUCUACAAAUGGAUCCUAACAAGAAACUACCAAGCAUUGUCCAGAGGAAGCAGAGGCAGCUCUUCUGGUUUUCUUAACAUUGUCAUGGAGCUGAAGAAAUGUUGUAACCAUGGUUUUCUCAUCAAACAACCAGAGGAGCGUGAGAACGAAAGAACACAAGAUUACAUACAGAGCUUGGUGCGCGGCAGUGGGAAACUUGUUUUGCUGGACAAACUUCUCACACGACUCAGGGAGAGAGGCAACCGUGUGCUCAUCUUCUCUCAGAUGGUCCGCAUGUUGGACAUCCUUGCUGAAUACCUGUCUUUGAAACGUUAUCCAUUUCAGCGUUUGGACGGCUCCAUCAAGGGAGAGAUCAGAAAACAAGCACUGGACCACUUUAAUGCAGAAGGCUCUGAGGACUUCUGUUUCCUGCUAUCCACCCGAGCUGGAGGGCUUGGAAUUAACCUGGCCUCUGCUGACACGGUGGUUAUCUUUGACUCGGACUGGAACCCACAAAACGAUCUUCAAGCCCAGGCUAGAGCCCACAGGAUUGGCCAGAAAAAGCAAGUGAAUAUCUAUCGUAUGGUCACAAAAGGCACGGUGGAGGAAGACAUUAUUGAAAGAGCCAAAAAGAAGAUGGUUCUAGACCAUCUUGUCAUUCAGAGAAUGGACACCACUGGGCGAACCGUACUAGAUAACAAUUCCGGAAAUUCAAAUUCAAACCCCUUCAGUAAAGAAGAAUUGACGGCAAUCUUGAAGUUUGGAGCAGAGGAUCUGUUUAAGGAACCUGAGGGGGAGGAAUCAGAACCGCAGGAAAUGGACAUUGAUGAAAUCUUGCGGCUUGCGGAAACCAGAGAGAGUGAUCAAGGAUCUAGUGCUACAGAUGAGCUUCUUUCACAGUUUAAGGUUGCUAACUUCACCAUGGAUGAAAGUACACCAGAUCUUGAAGAGAGGCCUAUACGCGAUUGGGAUGACAUCAUUCCAGAGGAGCAGCGGCGGAAGGUGGAGGAAGAGCAGAAGCAGAAGGAGAUGGAAGACAUCUACAUGCUGCCCAGAAGCAGAAGCUCCAACAAGAAGCCACAGGCCAAUGACAGUGACAGUGACGUGGGAUCCAAACUGAAGCACAGAUCCUCGGGUUCAGACAGUGAAUCCGAUGACAGUGAGGAUGACAAACGGCCCAAGCGGAGAGGCAGGCCGAGAGCUCGCAAAAACAAUGUGGAGGGAUUUACAGACGCAGAGAUCCGCAGGUUCAUAAAGGCAUACAAGAAAUUUGGAGCUCCGCUUGAGAGGUUGGAGGCGAUUGCCCGUGACUCAGAGCUGGUGGAUAAGUCCAUUGCAGACCUGAAGCGUCUGGGGGAACUGGUGCACAACACCUGUGUGACUGCAGUGCAGGAGCACGAAGAGCACAUGAAAGAAAACCCUGUGGAAGCUAAAGGCCCAGGGAAAAGACGAGGCAUUAACAUAAAGAUCUCUGGAGUUCAGGUCAAUGCUAAGUCUAUUAUCCAGCACGAAGAGGAGUUUGAGCCACUACAUAAAGCUGUGCCUUCAAAUCCUGCUGAAAGGAGCAAAUUUCAGCUGACCUGUCGGGUGAAGAUUCCACACUUUGACGUAGACUGGGAUAUUCAUGAUGACACACAGCUGUUACUGGGGAUCUAUGAACACGGCUAUGCCAACUGGGACCUGAUCAAGACCGAUCCUGAUCUCAAACUUUCUGAGAAGAUUCUCCUAGAUGACCCUGAUAAGAAACCUCAAGCAAAGCAGUUACAGAUGCGGGCAGACUACUUGCUUAAGAUGCUGAAGAAAGAGCAGGAAAGCCAAGAUGCUGUUAAAGCAGGAGAUGAGACCAAACCCAAAAAGAGGAAACCUCGGAUGAAGAACAAGGCCCCUAACAAUGGUCUGGUCAAUGAAAUUGCCUCUCCUCGUCUCUCAGACAACCCAUCAGAAGAGGGAGAAGUGAAGGACAAUGCAGCUGAAAAAUCUCCCACAAAGAAGAAACAGAAGAAGGAUAACAAAGAGAACAAAGAAAAAACAGGAACUCCUAAAAAAGAGAAGGAGGGGGACAAAGACAAAAAGCGUUCCAAGUCCAGAAAAGAGAAGGCCAAACCAGGAGGAAAGGGCAAGAAAACUCAAGGCCCUGUGCACAUCACUGCAGGAAGUGAUCCUGUGCCUAUUGGAGAGGACGAUGAUGAGCUGGACCAGGAAACCUUCAGCAUUUGUAAGGAGCGGAUGAGGCCGGUGAAGAAGGCUCUGAAGCAGCUGGAUAAGCCAGACGAGGGGCUGUCGGUGCAGGAGCAGCUGCAGCACACUCGCACCUGCCUGCUGAAGAUUGGAGACCGCAUCACAGAGUGCCUUAAAUCGUAUAGUGACCCUGAGCAGGUCAAGACCUGGCGCAGAAACCUCUGGAUUUUUGUGUCUAAAUUUACCGAGUUUGGUGCCCGGAAACUGCACAAGCUGUAUAAGAUGGCUCAAAAGAAGCGCUCCCAAGAAGAAGAGAAGGAGCAAAAGAAAAAGGAUGAUCCCGCCAAGAAAAAAACCUUCAGCUCUAGCCGGGAUUCUGUAGGAACCCAGCCCGCAACCAAACCUCAUCCUUCGGUUAACCAUCUAGCUGGACCUCCCCCUCACGGCCACCACAGAGAGCAGUACAACCAGCCCAAUAAAAGGCACUUUCCUAAUGACGCCGACAGGGGAGAUUGGCAAAGGGACCGUAAAUACAGCUACCCGGGGAACAGCAGUCAGCCCUGGCAAGGGGAUCGCCAUCACCCCUAUGACACUCAAAGGUACAAGGACCACCACUAUGGUGACCGUCGUCCUCAUGGUGACUAUCGCAGCUCAGGAGGUUACCGGAACAGCGGCUCCCCUCGCAAACGACCCUAUGACCAGUAUGGCAAUGAUAGAGAUCAUCGGGGCCAUCGAGACUAUUAUGACAGACAUCCAGACCCUAAGAGAAGGCGUUCGGAUGAAUACCGCUCACCGAAUUAUCACCCGGGUGGAGGAGGGCAUCCACAGGACUUCCGAAGGAUGCCAGAGCACAGGGGACCCCCUGGAAACCAUGGCCCUACGGGGCCCGAUCACUACCGCCCCUUCCACCCCGACAAACCCCCACCCCUAAUUGACCCCCGCUCCCCUCAGUCUCAGAAAUCCCCCCUUGAGCCCAUCUCGCCUGCUUUGGAAAGAACUGCAGAGCAGAAACCUGUGACCGACUUUAAUUGGAACAACAGGAAGACGUGAGGUGAAUACUUGGUUAGUGCAGAGACGGUCUGUACUGCCAAAGGAUAUGGCAGAAGGCCACCUUAGGCAAUAAAUGGAGCCACCACCAAACUCCUCUUUAUCGCCAAUGUGUGCUCUCUUCUAGGUUUCACAACUAGGCUAACUCUGCCGUUUUGGAGUGAGGAGACCGAACGAAGUGUGGUUAGUCCUAUGGACUAUGAUUGAACUUGAAGUGUUGAAGUAUGCCUAAGUUAGAAAGUGCCUCAUGUAUUUGGUCUUUGUUGAGAGUCAUUAGCAGAAAGGGACUAUCCCCAAAGCAAACCUUUUUUUGAUGUUCAUGCCUUUUUGUUUUGUGUUGUUUUGGGUUUUGCAAAAAACGUUUUUUUUUCAUGAAAGUAGCCUUGGUGUGAGGAGAAAAAAGGAAUUGUUUUAAUCUCACCUUCAGAUGUUGAUUCAUCGUUGUGUUGAGCUGUUCCAAACUAUCGGUUUUGCUUUCUGAAAUAUCCAGACCCCUGUGAUCGUGCAUCAUCUUGAGGAAAGAAAGUCAAGUAAUUACUCGUCUUUUGAUGUUGUUAUCAUGUAGGAGUCACGAAUAUGUGAUGAGCUAAACCGCAACAAUUACUGAUUUUUUAGUGAAGUUUUUCUUGAUUUCUUUUCAAAUUCGCUAAAUGUGUCUUCGCUAUAUUGCAGAUGCGCCACGUGUUAAUAUUGUAAUGCUCAGAUGCCCUGUUUGAGGACAGUAGCCUUUAUAAAAUAAAAAAAGGGGGGCGGGGGAAGGCUCAACAGUAUUCCAGGUCCAUGCAGACCUUGUCAGAACACUAGAUAAUCAUAGCAUGUAAGCUAUCUUUCUCUUUAAUUUCUUAUAUCUGUAACACUUGGUGCCACUUAAGUCCACUUUAUGGUCAGCGCUUGUACUGUUGCAUCUUUUUAUUGCACUAAAAGGACAGUACUUGCUUGAUUUUGAGUAUGUAGUAACGGUAGAAAUUACCCGAAUCUUAUUUUCAUUUUUAGUUGAGUUCUUUUCUCAGUAUGAGUGUGCUGAAAUGCUGAUACCGUUGACCUUAAAGUGGAAAUGUGAGUACUGUACGAAUGGGCAGGUGUCUCAGUCUAUUUUUUGUGAAUCCGAUUUUGUGCCAAAACAUUGACAGACUGGCAUGCUGGUAAAUACCGUUCAUUGAUUGUUUGAUGUGUUUUUCCAUCUGUGCCUUAUUCUUGUGUAGAUUCAAACACCGGAUUGGUAUAAGGAUGUUAAGCGAUCGGAAAUGAUGCAGUAUUAAGCUGUAGUGCACUAUUUCUGAACAAUUGCCAAGAUGGAAUUUUAACUAGGAUGUAGAGCCAGCUCUGGUGAGGAGGGAACCAAUGUAAUGUACUCAUUUCCAAAAUGUAAUGAUGGCAGGACUGGGAGACUGUGGACACGUCUGCUCCUGCUCACACUCCACAGACAUGUUAAGCUUUGAAACAAGCCAAUUUAAAGUAAUUUAUAUUUGUGAAAUGUAACUGUUCAGAUUAAGUGUGCUGUACAUAUGUUUAUAGACCUAUAUGUAUUAAACUUUCCUACAUCAUGGAUAA